AUGUCGAAUUACUGCGACUACGAAGAGCAGGUCAGCAUCACAACCGACGAUGGCAGCCGCGAGCGCCCCGACAUGGUUGUGCGAAUGCCAAACGAGCGUACUAUCGUCGUUGACGCCAAGACACCGAUGAACGCCUACAUCACCGCUAUGGAGUCGGACACCGAUGUCGAACGUGAGGAUGCAAUCCGGCUGCACGCCAAACAGGUCAGGGAGCGCGCGCAAGACCUGUCGCAAAAGUCCUACUAUCGUCUUUUCGACAGGUCACCCGACUUUGUCGUAAUGUUCCUGCCCGGAGAGUUCCUGCUCCAGCAUGCCCUGGAGCAAGAUCACGAUCUGAUCGACUGGGCUAUGCAGCGAAAUGUGGUUAUCGCGACGCCAAAUACGCUAAUGGCUCUGCUUAAAGCGGUUGCAAUGGGCUGGCGAGAAGCGCAGAUUGAAGAAGAGGCAGCGAAAGUUGCCGCUCUUGGGCAGGAACUCCACGACCGCAUCAGAAUAUUCGCCGGUCACAUGGUGAAGAUGAGAAGUUCAAUCAACUCCACCGUGGAGAACUUCAACAAUGGUAUUGGUUCUCUCGAAUCCAGGGUGCUUACGUCUGCCAGAAGGUUCAAGGACAUGGGCAUCGCCACAUCCCAGGAAAUACCUGAACUCACCGAGAUAGACUCGCAGACGCGGGACUUCAGGUCAGCACAGUUGCGUGCCCUUCCCGAGCCGAACGGCGUCGGCGACGACUGA